GUGGAGGGAGCUAACCCGACACGCCGUCUCUCUUCACACCCUCCUCCUCCUCCUCACCCUCACUCUGCCUUCUCCGUCUCGUCGCGUUGGAGAUGGGUAGGACGGAGGGCGGAGCUGGGUUUCCCGCCUGCGCGGCACCUACAAAUAUUUUUGCCAGCCCGUGAAACUUAACUUAACUCACUCUCCCAUCGUGUUGUCCCUCUGUCUCUCACUCUCUAUCACUCCUCCUUCUCUUCAUCCUCGCUCUGCAAACAAACUAAGAGAUACCCAAACCUCCUCCUCCUCUCCCAUUCGUCUUAUCCUCCUCCUCGGUCGCGCACGUCACCGUCUCUGAAUGCUCUCGUCUCUUCUUCCCAUCCGACUCAAACCUGAUUCCGAUACCAACAUGUCUCCCACUUCCGUCAACGGGGGCGCCGCCCCCAACAUCUCCUUCGUCGGUGCCAUUGACCAGGGUACCACGAGCACUCGUUUCCUCAUCUUCAACCCACAAGGCGAGGUCAUUGCUACCCACCAGCUGGAGUUUAAGCAGAUCUACCCCCAGCCUGGGAAGGCUAAUGCGAUUCGCGACAGCUGGCACGAGCAUGACCCCGAGGAGCUCGUCUCCUCGGUCGAGAAGUGCAUUGACGGCGCCGUCCAGACCUUCGAGACCCAGGGCCACUCGCGCGACCAGAUCAAGGCCGUCGGCAUCACCAACCAGAGAGAGACCACCGUGCUCUGGGACCGGACCACCGGCAAGGCCCUGUACAACGCCAUCGUCUGGACCGACACCCGCACCAAGGACCUCGUGCGCCGCCUGAAGCAGCGCCUCGGCGCCAGCGAGCUCACGCAGCGGUGCGGCCUGCCCCUGUCGACGUACCCCUCCGUCGGCAAGCUCCUCUGGCUCCUCGAGAACGUGCCCGAGGUCAAGGACGCCUACGAGCGCGGCGUUCUGGCCUUCGGCACCAUCGACACUUGGCUGGUCUACAAGCUCAACGGCGGCAUCGCCCGCGACGUCUACGUCUCGGACCCGUCCAACGCCGCGCGCACCAUGUUCAUGAACAUCCACACCCUCCAGUACGACGAGGACCUCAUCGACUGGUUCCGCGUCGACCCCAAGAAGGUCAAGCUCGCCAAGAUCGUCCGCUCCUCGGACCCCGAGGCCUACGGCUCGCUGCACAACACCCUGCUGAGCGGCACCAAGAUCACGGGCUGCCUGGGCGACCAGUCGGCCGCCCUCGUCGGGCAGAAGGGCUUCACGGCCGGCCUCGCCAAGAACACGUACGGCACCGGCUGCUUCCUGCUCUACAACAUCGGCCCCAAGCCCGUCAUCUCCUCCCACGGCCUGCUGACCACCGUCGCCUUCGACUUCGGCCCCGGCAAGACCAUGUACGCCCUCGAGGGCAGCAUCGCCGUCGCCGGCUCCAGCGUCAAGUUCCUCGUCGACAACUUCGGCUUCAUCGAGUCCUCGUCCAAGCUCAGCGCCCUCGCCGAGACCGUCGAGGACAACGGCGGGUGCACCUUCGUCACGGCCUUCAGCGGCCUCUUCGCGCCCUACUGGAUCGACGACGCCCGCGGCACCAUCUUCGGCAUCACCGCCUACACCCAGCGCGGCCACAUCGCCCGCGCCACCCUCGAGGCCACCUGCUUCCAGACCAAGGCCAUCCUGGACUCCAUGGAGAAGGACAGCGGCGCUGCCCUGACGGAGCUCGCCGUUGACGGCGGCAUGUGCAACUCGGAUCUCGUCAUGCAGACCCAGUCCGACCUCAUCGGUAUCCCUGUCAACCGCCCCGGCAUGCGUGAGACGACGGCCCUUGGCGCGGCCAUCGCGGCAGGCUUUGCCGUGGGCGUGUGGAAGAGCUUCGACGAGCUCAAGGACGUCAACCUCGAGGGCCGCACCAUCUUCAAGCCUACCAUCUCCAAGGACGAGGCUUCCCAGCGCUUCGGCCGCUGGGAGAAGGCCGUCCAGAUGAGCAAGGGCUGGUCGAGCUAAAGAGACACUUUUUGUGCCCCUUUCACGUCAUGAUGUCUCUUCUUUUUUCUGGUUAUUUUUUUUAUCUUCUUCUUCUUCUUCUUUUCGAUAUACCACAGUCUGUUGUCGUUUGGGGCGAGUCCAAUCACGAUGGGCACCGCGCGCGCGCAUGAAUCCUUUUUUUUUUUUUUUGGCGCCACUUUGGAAGGAGAAAAAAUCCCUCCAUCUGUAUCAUAGGAUAGUUCGACGGAGGGUAUGACGCGAUUUUCCCCUGCCGUGUGUCGAAAUCCGAACAUGUGUGUGCUGGAAUCUGGAUCCUCGGAUCCCAUUCUCAACUUUGCUUACCCCUGUGAUAAUGAUGAUGAUGAUGAUGAUGAUGACGAUGUUCGUUGGUUGCCAAUCUUUAC